AUGGCCUUCGGAAAGCUUUACGGUCUGCCUGACAACGGUCGCACCCUCUCCAUCCUGGUCGCUGCUAAGCACAACGACCUGGAGUUGGAGCUGGUCAACACCCAGGCUAACUCUGCUGCUGAGUUCAACGCCAGCGCUGAGUACCUCAAGGUUAACCCCACUGGCAAGAUCCCCGCCUUCGAGGGUGCCAAUGGCUUCAACCUGAGCGAGGCUAUUGCCAUCGCUGUCUAUGUUACUUCCCAGAACGAGAAGACCACUCUCCUCGGCAAGACCAAGCAGGACUACGCUUCCAUCCUCCGCUGGAUGUCCUUCGUUAACGCCGAGGUUCUGCCCAAGUUCGGUGCCUGGUACCGUCCCCUCCUUGGCCUCGAUGGCUACAACAAGAAGGUCGUCGAUGAGGCCGCCAAGGUUGCCCUCAAGGUCAUCUCUGUCCUCGAGGCUCACCUGACUGCCAACACCUACCUUGUUGGUGAGCGCAUCACCCUGGCUGAUAUCUUCGCCGCCUCCCUCCUCACCCGUGCCUUCGCCACUGUCCUCGACAGCACCUGGCGCCAGGCCAACCCCGCCACCACCCGGUGGUACAACACCCUCAUCAACCAGGAUGCCUUCAAGGCUGUCCACCCCAGCCCCAAGUUCGCUGAGGAGGUCGUCAAGUACACUCCCCCCAAGAAGGAGGAGAAGCCCAAGGCUCCUGCUGCCGCCGCUGCCGCUCCCAUUGAGGAGAAGGAGCCCCCCAAGGCCAAGCACCCCCUUGAGGCUCUUGGCAAGCCCACUCUCAUCCUUGAUGACUGGAAGCGCAAGUUCUCCAACGAGGACCCCCGCUCCGUUGCCAUGCCCUGGUUCUGGGAACAGCUCAAGACCGACGAGUACUCCCUCUGGAAGGUCAACUACAAGUACAACAACGAGCUCAAGCUUACCUUCAUGGCCAACAACCUGAUCGGUGGCUUCCAGGCCCGUCUUGAGGCUUCCCGCAAGUACCUCUUCGGUGCCCAGUCCGUGUACGGUGUCAACUACGACUGUGUCGUCUACGGUGCCUUCAUGGUCCGCGGCCAGGAGUGGGAGCCCGCUUUCACUGUCGGCCCCGACUGGGAGGGUUACGAGUUCGUCAAGCUCGACCCCUCUGUUGAGGCUGACCGCAAGCUCGUCGAGGACAUGUGGUGCCAGGAUGUCCCUAUCACCACCGACGGCAAGGUCCAGGAGUGGACCGAUGGCCACGUCUUCAAAUAA